AUGGCGGCCAGAGGGGGGUUUCAGUCAGCACCGUCUGCUGGUGGUGGUGGAGCAAUGGGACCUGGGCCACCGGUACCGGGUGCAGCGCCAGGUAUGGGACCCGGGACUCCCUCUGGAAGAAUGGGACCGACGUCAGGCGCACAGAACCACAUGUACCGCUCUCCGAUGCCCGGGCCUGGGUACCCGAGACCAGGCAUGCCUCCAUCCAGCCGUAUGACCCCGCAGGGCCCCGCCAUGGGCCCACCGGGGUACGGCGGCAGCCCCGUGUCUCGCCCUGGGAUGCCCGGCGUCAUGGACCCGUCUCGAAAGAGACCGGCCCCUCAGCAGAUUCAGCAGGUUCAGCAACAGCAGAACCGUAACCAGCACACAAAGAAGAAGAAGAUGGCUGAUAAAAUUCUACCUCAAAGGAUACGAGAACUCGUCCCAGAGUCUCAAGCUUACAUGGAUCUUCUGGCUUUUGAGAGGAAGCUGGAUCAGACCAUCAUGCGCAAAAGGCUCGACAUCCAGGAGGCCCUUAAAAGGCCCAUAAAGCAAAAGAGGAAGCUCCGGAUUUUUAUAUCCAACACCUUCAACCCUGCAAAGCCGGAUGCUGAGGACGGAGAGGGCACAGUUGCAUCAUGGGAGCUACGAGUUGAAGGGCGGCUAUUGGAAGAUACUGCUGUGUCCAAAUAUGAAGCUACCAAGCAGAAAAGAAAGUUCUCCUCCUUUUUCAAAUCUCUUGUGAUUGAAUUGGACAAAGAUCUGUAUGGACCAGACAACCACCUCGUUGAAUGGCACAGGACUCCAACCACCCAGGAGACGGAUGGUUUCCAGGUGAAGAGGCCCGGCGAUGUGGGAGUUCGAUGCACCGUCCUGCUCAUGCUUGACUACCAGCCCCCUCAGUUCAAGCUGGACCCCCGACUGGCCCGCAUGUUGGGCAUCCACACUCAGACCAGACCUGUCAUCAUUCAGGCCUUGUGGCAGUACGUCAAAACACACAAACUUCAAGAUCCACAUGAGCGCGAGUUCAUUAACUGCGACAAAUACCUCCAGCAAAUUUUUGAAACUCAGAGGAUGAAGUUUUCUGAAAUCCCACAGCGCUUGCAUGCUCUGCUGAUGCCUCCAGAACCAAUCAUCAUCAACCAUGUGAUCAGCGUGGAUCCCAACGAUCAGAAGAAGACUGCUUGCUACGACAUUGAUGUGGAGGUGGAUGACACGCUGAAGACCCAGAUGAACUCAUUCCUGCUCUCCACAGCCAGUCAGCAGGAAAUUGCAGGAUUGGAUAACAAGAUCCAUGAAACUAUUGAGACCAUCAACCAGCUGAAAACCCAGAGGGAGUUCAUGUUGAGUUUUGCCAGGGAUCCUCAGGGCUUCAUCAACGACUGGCUUCAGUCCCAGUGCAGAGACUUCAAGACCAUGACUGAUGUUGUGGGAAACCCAGAAGAAGAGCGGAGAGCAGAGUUCUACUAUCAGCCGUGGGCUCAGGAGGCAGUGUGUCGCUACUUCUACUCCAAGGUCCAGCAGCGGCGACAGGAGCUGGAGCAGGCGCUUGGAAUCAGGAACACUUGAAGAGGUUUUUCCUGCAGAAUCAAACCGUGAGGAUGAAGAUGAGCUGAGAUGUCCAGUUGGAGUUGAUUAAUGUGUGCGCUAGGUGCGAACUGAAGUCCCUGUAUUUUUCACCAAAACUUUGCGAGAAUGGAUAUGAAAUGACUUUACUGUUAAAUAGGAUGUCACUUUUUCUGUUUCUUCACGCAGUUUAACAGAAAUUAUGUUGGAUUCCGUUUUAGUUAUAUUUUUUUCAUAUCACAUUUCUUUCUGCUGCUUAGUUAGUUUAAACACAUUCCUUUUAUUUUAGUACGCUGACACAAAUACAGAGAGAUGUCAGAUUGUCCUUGAAAAUGUUAAAUGUAAGCUUUCCCUGAAACAACAACAAAUGUUGAGCCUGCUGUUGCUCUUUUGUUCUAUUGUGUUGAGACUAAAGUGACAUUUUGCGCUCCUAACCGGCCUUCAGGUGCUCGCCCGUGGAGGUAAAUAUUGAUUGUGAUCGUGUUUGUGAUCAGUUGGGCUUCUUUGCUGCAUAUUUACUGUUUGUGCCACUUGGAUUUAGCUGUCGGUUUGUUUCGACAGCCCCACACUCUGUAUGCGGGGUUGUUUUCAGCUCAGUGAGUCGUGGCAGAACAUACACUGUUGCAGCACAGUGGUUAUUUUUUUUUCUUAAUGUUUCCAUUUGAUAUGAAGUUUAGUCCUUUUUUUGUUUCUAUUAGUGAUCCUUGUUUUAACUAAAUAUGUAUUACAUCCAUAUUUGUCUUGUUAGGUAGUAAAGGUAAUCAUCAAAGUAGCUAGUACUGGUACCUCUAGUCUAUAUAGUUUUGUAAAUACUGAGCAAAAAUAAAAACUUCAGAUGGAUUAGAAGUUAACCUCUAUCUUUUUCUUAAGUUUUUGUCUACUGAUUGUUGCCACAGUAUUUAUAUUGAUUGGAAAUGCUGUCAGUGCAGUGAUUUGGUUCCUCAUUGGGUGCUCACAUGUAAUGAUCCACCUUUCUGUGAAGCAUCUUGUUUUAAGAAUGGCCGCCAUUUAAAUUGGGGUAAAUUCAAACUUCUGCCUUAUAAAGUUAUCCAUAUUUUAUUCAAGUUAAGAGAGAUCAUGGCGGAGGGUGAUGAGAAGCAGUUAGCUGCUGCUUCCUACAGGCGACCUUCUGGUCAUUUUUCCGUCUCCCGCAGGUUAAGAAUUUUGACCAAUGGGUUUUAUUAACUCGAAGAAUACACUAACGUGGGUUUGGGGUUGUGUGAGAGUUGGAGAACCUCUGAGAUGUAAAACACUGAAUGGACUGAUGUAGACUUAUGUGAAUCUGCAGACUUUUUCUCAUGGACCAAACCUAUUUUCUGUAUGCCCCUAUGUUAUAAUAAAUGAUAUGUAAAAAGUC